UUCAAGGUGGGAAGCUGGAGCUGUAGCGGAAGAGAACUGAUCCCGAAUCAGAAGAUCUGAUUUUGAAUUCCUUAGAUCCAAUGUUGAGUUAAUUGCUUCAUCUUCCUGAUUUCAUUUCAUUGGCAAAGCAACGGUUUCCUCAAGAGACUGCUAUGGGAAAAUCAUUUUGUACACAUUCAAAAAUGUGAAUUAUUAUUUUUCGCUUAAGUUACCAGUUUCUCGGAGACAAUCUUUGAGGCUGGAGCCCACUUGAGGAACGAAAACAAUAUUAGUUUCUCAGAACAGUACUACAAAAAUAACAGAAAAAGAAAGGCAGGAGUCAGGUUACAGCAGGUUGAAGAUUUUUAUGUAAAUGAAGGCUUAGCUUAUCUAAUCUCUGAUUGGGUUAAAUAGUCACAAGUGGGAAGAGCGCCUGUAAUUAAGCAGAUUCUUGACCUACUUUCUGAUUGGCUACCUCAUCGAAAGCUGUUUUUAACCAAUCCGAAAGCUUACUUUAUCCUACCACAAAAUGGUAUAAUAGGUUCUGUUGCCUGACGUUAGGUAGUUGCUUUUUGUUCUCGUCGAAAGCUCGUUUUAGUCGCCAUGUCUGGAAGAGGAAAGCAGGGAGGUAAAGCUCGCGCUAAAGCUAAAACGAGGUCUUCUCGGGCUGGUCUUCAGUUUCCUGUCGGUCGUGUCCACCGUCUGCUCCGCAAGGGCAACUAUGCCGAGCGCGUUGGGGCCGGUGCUCCCGUGUAUCUUGCUGCUGUGCUCGAGUACCUGACUGCUGAGAUCUUGGAGCUGGCGGGCAACGCAGCUAGAGAUAACAAGAAGACUCGUAUCAUUCCUCGUCAUCUUCAGCUUGCUAUCCGCAACGAUGAGGAACUUAAUAAGCUGCUGGGCAAGGUUACUAUCGCUCAAGGCGGCGUCCUGCCAAACAUCCAGGCUGUUCUGCUGCCCAAGAAGACCGAGAGUCACCACAAAGCUAAGGGCAAAUAGAGUGUCUUUAGCCGCGCUUUAGGAUAUACUCUUCGCCUUCCUUACUUAAACCAAAGGCUCUUUUCAGAGCCACGCAUCUCUUCAAAACGAGAGCUGAUGGCAUAUGUUGUGAAAGUAAUUGGGUCUUUAAUGUCCAAAUAAGGCGUCUUAGGCAGAUUAAUCCUGAGGGUGCCAAAGUAAGCGAGUACUCAUUCUGGAUACGUUAUUAUAGGCCCCCAAAACCACCCACCAGACAGCCACCAUGCCCCGCCAUUAGGUCGUUUCAAAAAUUCAGUGUAUCAAACUACUAACAUGUUAAAAACGGUGUUUUUUCAAAGUUGCCUAGCCAUAUGGGUACACCACUGAAACCCAGAAAUCUUAUGAGAUUAAAAACGGACAAUAGCUUUGCAGCUGAAAAAAAUUACAGGGAGAGGAUUCUUAAUACUGGAAUUACAAGAUUAAAGCGAUAUAAAGAGAAGUUAAGUAGUUUUAAAUUCAUCUGUAAUCUGCCUAUGAGGGUGAAUUUAAGAAGGGGGUUGGGGUGGUCUGGAAAAUGAAAAGGCGCGGGAGAGAAAUGCCCAAACUAACCAAUCGUGUUUUAGCGCGGUCUUUUCAAAUCUCAAAGUAUUCUAGUCUUUAAGGUGACGGUAGCAAUUUUGGAGAAGCAUACACAGUACUAGAAAAAAAAAGGUAUAUAUUCAGGACAAAGCUGUCGGCCCUGUGAAUAAAGGGGUCAGGAUCGGAAAGA